UAUCUUAUUAAUGUGUCUGCAGCCGACCUGCUGGUGAACACGCUGUGCCUCCCCUUCACCCUCGUCUACACGCUGCAGGGAGAGUGGAAGUUCGGCAGCACCCUUUGCUUCAUGCUGCCCUACGCCCAGGGGCUCGCCGUCCACGUCUCCACGGUGACGCUCAACGUCAUCGCCCUGGACCGACACAGGUGUAUCGUUUACCACCUGGAGACGAGGAUGAGGAAGGACGUGUGUUUCGCUGUGAUAGCGUUGACCUGGGUGCUGAGCGCUGUGCUCGCCAGCCCUCUGGCCAUCUUCAGAGAGUACGGCUCCUUCACACUGGGGCCUGGACACACUAUACAGGUGUGUACGGAGAAGUGGCCCGGUAAGAACACUGACGGCACCGUUUACAGCAUCUCCAUGUUGAUCCUGCAGUACUUCCUGCCGCUGUCCAUCAUCUCCUUCGCCUACGCCCGCAUCUGGUCCAAACUGCGCGCCCACGUCAGCCCGGCGGAGAGCGGCGUCAAAAGCAGCGCCGGCUCCGAACGCCACCGCCGACGCCGCAAAACCACCAAGAUGCUGGUGACCAUGGUGGUGGUGUUCGCCGUCAGCUGGCUGCCCUUCCACGCCUUCCAGUUGGCCACCGACAUCGACAGCACGGUGCUGGACAUGCGCGACUACCGCCUGCUGUACACCGUCUUCCACGUGGUCGCCAUGUGCUCCACCUUUGCCAACCCGCUGCUCUACGGUUGGAUGAACCGCAACUACCGCGCCGCCUUCCUCGCCGUCUUCAAGUGUCGCAGAGGAGGCGAGAGGGGGAGGAGCGGCCGGCUGGACAGCAUUCAUCCAGUCGGGGGAGGAGGAGGAGGAGGCGGCGGGGGGAGGGCGAAGAAGAUAGUGCUUGAAACACAGGAUGUGGUGUCGACCUGCCUGAACGCCACCGAUGUUUGA